AUGGCAACUCUUUUAGCCGCUCUUCCAGUUGGUUUCUCAGCUCCCUCAGCUUCACUUAGUCUAGGAAGCUCACUUCCACAAUGUGCAGCUGACCUCACAUCCUGUAGUUUUCCCACUUUAUUAUCACUUAACAACAUGGUUUACUUUGCUGGAUGGCUUGUAAUAAGGUUUGUCAAAUAUCACACAUGUCAAAACGUGGCUCAGCAAUGUAAAUUACAAAUCAAGAAUGCCACUUUUUCUGAUGACAGCCAAGUGUUGUUGUAUUUGAGUGUGAAAGGAACGGCUGAAGGAGACUUUGGAAGCCUCUCGGUCCCCUCACCUUGCUUUGUUUCUUUCGUUCAAUCUUGUGAGAAGGUUUUUGUGUCGUCAGUUGACAGUCUUGUUUUGAAAGAAGGCGUUGGAAAGACGUUUUGCAUCACUCUUCAUGAGAAGGUCGAAAAGCUGCUGACACUCUGCAGUGAGGAUGUCUAUGGUGAUUUAUUUGCUUUGUUUACAAGGGUGAGGCUUCAUUGGUUCGCCCGUAAAAAAAAAUACUGAGCUCCUUGAUGCAGCUGUGAGACGCAAAACCCAGCAACGAGU